AUGGCGGACGAAAAGAAAGAGCAGGCUAAGCGCGUUGCGGCUGAAAACGGCGUUGUCAACCCUUCAGGUGCGAUGAUCGCUGCUUUUGCACCAAUGUACCUCGCUGCCAUACCUGUUACUUCAUACCUCACAAAACCAAACAGCGUGAUGCAGUCCUUGGUGCACGCUCUCAUCAAGUUAAUUCCUGGAGUUACUACAACAGCAAUAACAUCCGGUCGCGCUAUUCCCGCACUCUCAGCCAUUUACCUAUUCUGGACUUUCGGCGCUUCGGGUGCUCUCUCUGCGGCAGGGCAAGCCAUGGGACGAGAAGAGGGCCUGGACAUUCAGCACUCGAGAAAACAUAUUCACAAGCUGGAUGGGUUGCCGUUGAGGUUGAGAAGUGCGCAUUAUGCACUCAUGGAAAACUUUCCAGGUAAGCUGAUGGUUGAAGAAGGCUGUCAAAUUCGCCAGUGA